CUCUCUUUCUCUCUCUCUCUCUCUCUCUCUGCGCGUCCCUCUUAUUCCCUGGUUUCUUGGAAAUCCGGCUGGCUGUGCCACGCGGUAUCCUGGGGGAAUCUUUACAACCAAACUGGGAUCUAUGAGCGGGAAGGUGAUCAAGUCGAAAGAAGAGAAAAAUGCUUCGACAGUUAUGGAUGACACCUCUCCUGGCACACAGGAAUAUAUUAUGUUACGGCAAGACUCCAUCCAAUCUACGGAACUAAAGAAAAGACAGUCCCCUUUCCGAACUAAAUGCCAUGAAAUCUUCUGUUGUCCUCUGAAGCAAGUCCACCUCAAAGAGAAUACCGAGCCCGAAGAACCACAGCUGAAAGGCAUCGUCACAAAACUUUACAGCCGGCAAGGAUAUCAUUUGCAGAUGCAAGCAGAUGGAACCAUUGAUGGAACGAAAGAGGAAGAAAGCACAUACACUUUGUUUAACCUCAUACCGGUGGGUUUACGAGUGGUGGCUAUACAAGGCGUUCAGACGAAGCUGUAUUUAGCGAUGAACAGUGAAGGCUACUUAUAUACAUCAGAGCACUUCACACCGGAAUGCAAGUUCAAAGAAUCCGUUUUCGAAAACUAUUACGUCACGUAUUCUUCCAUGAUCUACCGGCAGAUGCAAUCGGGAAGAGGUUGGUACUUGGGCCUCAACAAAGAAGGCGAGGUCAUGAAAGGGAACCAUGUGAAGAAAAACAAGCCCGCUGCACAUUUUCUUCCCAAACCGCUAAAAGUGGCCAUGUACAAAGAACCUUCCCUCCACGACCUUACUGAAUUCUCACGGUCUGGUAGUGGUACCCCAACGAAAAGCAGAAGCGUCUCCGGAGCUUUGAAUGGCGGCAAAUCUAUGAGCCAAAACGAAUCCACGUAGCCGGGACGGUGAAAGGAAGAGGCGGAGGAGGAGGAGCAUCGGUGGAACUUUUGAACCUCUAGGAUCUGCCGUGGAAUCCUUAUUUUUGCGAAACCUACCGUUCAGCCCUUCCCGACAAAGCCAACAAACUGGGAUAGGCCUCUCGGGCCUUUUAUCAGCUACUUUGGACUUUCCGGAGGUCCCCAAAUCAUUCAUACAUGAUUCGUGUCGAAGGAAAGAUUGAUUUCACUUCUGUCCCCAUUGGUAUAAAAUGCGCUUGUGCAAACGUGGGCCUAGCCAGGCAAACAUGAAGCUAUGACCUCACAUUGAGCCUGCCGUUACUUCUUAUCUUCACCGAAGGUCUUGUGGAGAAAAAAUUAAAAAAAAAAAUCCUGCAAAAUUUAAAAACACCCUUGGCUUUCUAACUGAGACAGAAACCCUGUCAAAGAUCUUUCUUUCUUUCUUUCUUUCUUUCUUUCUUUCUUUCUUUCUUUCUUUCUUUCUUUCUUUCUUUCUCUUUCCUUUGCUCUUUGAGGGAAAUUUCAAUAUUUAGUGUUUUAUAUAUGAAUGGUUCGGAGUGGGGAAGGGGGACUCUGUAUACCCUCUGCUUUUUUUUUUUCCAGUUUUCCAUUUUAUAUAUCAUAAAAGCUUGGUCAGGAAAAGAAAUCUGAAUAUAUCUCUCUCUCUCUUUUUUUUUGGCAUUUUUGGGGAGGGAUCGCUUCUCUGGAAGGCGCCUUGAGCUGUGUCUUUACAAGCAAAGCAAAAUCCUGCUGAUACGCUAGUGUAAUCUUGAGGGAAAAUAAUCAAUAAAUCAGGUUUGGAGCUGGAUUCGCAGUAAAUCUCAGGCUCCAGCAAAAUAAAAAUAAAAAGUGUUCUUGUGAUUUUAACACACACUGAGAUAUAUACAGUUUUUUUUAUAUAGAUUUGUAGUCAUCCUUUCCAAGCCCUCAUGCUAUACCCCCAAGUCUGUAGGAACCGAGGUGAGUGUUAAUUUCCCC